UCAUGGCUCACUUCGUAAAGACAUGCGUUCGAAGAUUUUCCACGUCCGCAAUGCGUGAACAAGCUAUAAAGUGUGUGACUGUGAUAGGAGGUGGGCAGAUGGGAGCUGGUAUUGCACAGGUUGCAGCAACUACUGGACAUCAAGUUGUAAUUGUGGAUCAGUCUGAGGAUAUUCUAGCCAAAUCCAAGGCUUCUAUACACAAAAGUCUGCAAAGGGUAGCCAAGAAAAAGUUUGCUGAAGAUGCUAAGGCUGGGGAAGCUUUUAUAUCUGAAGCCAUUGACAGAGUGAGUAUCCAAACAGAUGCCUCCAAUGCAGUUGGCAAUGCAGAUCUUGUUGUGGAGGCCAUUGUAGAGAAUAUAGAUGUGAAAAGACAGCUGUUUACAGUAUUGGAUAAGGCAGCCCCUCAACAUACCAUAUUUGCCAGUAAUACAUCCUCCUUGCCCAUCAAAGACAUAGCUGAGUGUACACAAAGAAUGGACAGAUUUGGUGGUCUCCAUUUCUUCAAUCCUGUUCCGGUCAUGAAAUUGCUGGAGGUUAUCAGAAUACCUCAAACCAGUGAUGAAACGUUUGAUAAACUACUGGCCUUUGGAAAAGCUUUGCAGAAAACAACUGUUAACUGCAAGGAUACACCAGGAUUCAUAGUCAACAGGCUGCUGGUACCAUAUAUGGCAGAAGCGGUGCGACUUGUAGAGAGAGGUGAUGCUACCACUCGUGACGUGGACACUGCUAUGAAGUUAGGUGCUGGCUAUCCUAUGGGACCAUUUGAGUUGAGCGACUAUGUAGGGUUGGACACCAUGAAGUUUAUUCUAGACGGUUGGGCUGAGAAGUAUCCAGACAAUCCAUUAUUUGAACCAAGUGCUAUGCUAAACAAGUUGGUUGCUGAAGGAAAGCUUGGAAUCAAAACAGGAGAGGGCUUCUACCCAUACAAGAAGAAGUAACUCUGAAAAUGGCCAGUAAUGAAAUUUGCAGUGUUCUGCUGUGACCAUAAAAUUGUUAAUUUGUGAUUUGCUGAUAUGCAGUGAUUGAAGACUUGUCUUUUAGGUGGGAACAUUUUACAAUGACACAAUUUCAAUAAAAUUUUAAUGAAAAGGAAAUAGCAAUGUCUUUUUUUUUUUUUUACAGGAAUAGAUAUAUUCUAUACAUCUUUCAUUACCUCAGGUGAUUUAACUGUGUCAAUUGAGACCUAUUCAAACCUAUUCCAUGUGCAGUUUAACAUACUUAUAAUCAUUGAAAUUGGCAUUUUCCAGUGUGCUAUUCAUGGAUUCAAAUUAUAAUAUAUUGUAUAAUUUUUCAUAAUGGUUGAACUUAAUAUGACUCAGUGAGAAAUAAAUUUAUAA